GGGAGAAGAAAACCCAUCAAAAACCCUUAUCCCCUCCUGCUGCCAAACCCCAUCGUAUCCGUCCCGAUGUCCUCCUCCUUCUCUGCUACCCAGCACUUGAGUGCUACGCUCUCCGCCCCUCUCCCUCGUCGCCGCAACAAUUCCCCUCGACCCUCCUCCCUCAAAUGUCAUCUCUCCUCUUCCCACGAUUCUGAUACCUCUAAUCACGCCCUCUUCAAAACCCUCCCCAAGACCCUCGCCCUCUCUUCCGCCGCCGCCGCCCUCCUCUUCAGCUCCACCGGCCUCCCGCUCCUCCUCUCCAAUGGAUCCGGAGAUUUCGGCGGCGGCGGUGCUAAUGGCCUGGGUGGUGGCGGGGGCGGGGGCGGAUGGAACUGGUUCGGCGGCACCGGCGGAGAUGGGAAUGGGUUCUUCUCUAGACUUUUCUCCCCGGCAGAUGCUAUUGCCGAUGAAUCCCCUUCUCAGGAGUGGGAUUCCCAUGGGCUGCCGGCCAACAUUGUUGUUCAACUCAAUAAGCUCAGUGGAUUUAAAAAGUAUAAAAUUUCAGAGAUUCUAUUCUUCGAUCGGAGGAGAUGGAAAACAGUGGGCACCGAAGAUUCCUUCUUCGAGAUGGUUUCACUGCGUCCCGGUGGCGUAUACACCAAGGCCCAGCUUCAGAAGGAGCUUGAGACCCUGGCUACCUGCGGAAUGUUCGAGAAGGUAGAUAUGGAAGGCAAAACUAACGCCGAUGGAACCAUCGGAAUUACAAUAUCUUUCACCGAGAGCACGUGGCAGUCAGCCGAUCGGUUCCGCUGCAUUAAUGUGGGCUUGAUGCAGCAGUCGAAGCCCAUUGAGAUGGACGCGGACAUGACUGAUAAGGAAAAGCUGGAGUACUUUAGAAGUCAGGAGGAGGACUACAAGAGGAGAAUUCAGAGGGCAAGGGCGUGUCUUCUGCCGAUGCCUGUGCACAUGGAGAUUAUGCAGAUGCUGAAGGAGCAAGGAAAAGUGAGUGCCAGGCUAUUGCAGAAGAUAAGGGAUCGGGUCCAGAAGUGGUAUCAGGAUGAAGGCUAUGCAUGCGCACAGGUGGUUAAUUUUGGGAACCUGAACACGAAGGAGGUCGUCUGUGAGGUUGUAGAAGGGGAUAUCACCCAAUUGGUCAUUCAAUUCCAGGAUAAGCUUGGCAAUGUUGUUGAAGGUAACACUGAUGUCGCGGUGGUCGAAAGAGAACUGCCGAAACAGCUACGCCCAGGUUACAUUUUCAACAUCGAGGCAGGGAAGCAAGCUUUAAGAAACAUCAACUCCCUUGCUCUGUUUUCAAACAUUGAAGUGAAUCCACGGCCUGAUGAGAAGAAUGAGGGAGGAAUUAUCGUUGAGAUUAAGCUUAAAGAAUUAGAACAGAAGACAGCAGAAGUCAGUACUGAGUGGAGUAUUGUCCCUGGACGAGGAGGACGUCCUACAUUGGCAUCACUGCAGCCAGGAGGCACUGUUACCUUUGAACACCGGAAUUUGCAAGGAUUGAAUAGAUCUCUUAUUGGUUCGGUGACAACUAGUAAUUUCUUCAAUCCUCAGGAUGAUUUGGCAUUUAAGCUUGAGUAUGCACAUCCGUAUUUGGACGGUGUAUAUAAUCCAAGUAACCGUACUCUUCGUGUAAGCUGCUUCAACAGUCGAAAGCUGAGUCCUGUAUUCACUGGAGGGCCAGGGGUUGAUGAAGUACCCCCAAUAUGGGUUGAUCGUGCUGGUGUCAAAGCCAAUAUCACUGAGAAUUUCACACGUCAGAGUAAAUUUACUUAUGGACUUGUGAUGGAAGAGAUAACAACUCGUGAUGAAAGUAGUCAUAUCUGUGCAAAUGGUCAACGAGUAUUGCCUAGUGGAGGAAUUAGUGCUGAUGGACCUCCAACCACCCUCAGUGGCACUGGCGUUGAUCGGAUGGCAUUUUUACAGGCCAAUAUUACGCGUGAUAACACAAAGUUUGUGAAUGGAACUAUCGUUGGAGACCGAAAUGUGUUCCAGGUGGAUCAAGGCCUUGGGAUUGGCAGCAAUUUCCCAUUCUUUAAUCGUCACCAGCUAACUGUGACACGAUUUAUCCAGUUGAUGUCGGUGGAGGAAGGUGCUGGCAAAGCACCACCGCCAGUGCUUGUUCUCCAUAGUCAUUAUGGUGGUUGUGUAGGCGAUCUUCCUAGUUACGAUGCUUUUACUCUUGGAGGUCCCUAUUCUGUGAGGGGUUACAACAUGGGUGAGCUUGGCGCAGCCAGAAACAUCCUUGAGCUUGCCGCCGAGUUACGGAUACCUAUCAAAGGUACCCAUGUGUAUGCCUUUGCAGAACAUGGAAAUGAUCUUGGAAGUUCGAAGAACGUCAAAGGGAAUCCCACAGAAGUGUACAGGCGAAUGGGACACGGAUCAUCCUACGGAGUUGGUCUCAAGCUUGGUCUGGUUAGAGCAGAAUACGCCGUUGACCACAACUCAGGAACUGGUGCAUUAUUCUUCCGUUUUGGAGAGAGAUUUUGAGCGGAAAUUAGUCAAUUAAAUGGUAUAUCGCUAAAAAUAAUAGGUUUUGUCAUGGUUUGCGGGAGAACUUUUGCAACCAUCCUUUGAUGAUUGGGCAAAAGCUUGUGGAUAUUCUGAGGUCAUCGUGCUAGCACUGAACUCGUUUUUCCCUGAUUUUUUGGUUUCCCCCGAAAAUUUAGUAUAGAAUUUAUGUGAAAAUGUUGUGACAGAUUAUAUCUUGUUGGUUAUUGUUAUUAUUUUCAUGUAUUUAAUCUAUUUCUGCUGCCAAAA